AUGAAAUCCAAAACCUCAUCCUUUUCAAAUUCUUCAAUGAAUUCACCUUCAUUACUCAAAACACAGUCACCAAUGAAAAAUAAUACAUCUACAUCAAAAUAUAAUUCAUCACUUAAUUCUUCAUUCAUUAGUAAAUCGCCAAUUCAACAUCGUUCAGGAGAAUUUGAUGCAAAACUUUUCUCAUCGCCAAUUUCAAGUACAUCCAAAUACAAUUCAACAACAAGUAGAAGUUCUACCAUUCGAACACCAAAAUCCGCUUCAAAAACAAAAGGUAUUUCACAAGGUCAAAGUUUAUAUUCUUUUGAUUACGGGUUCGUAUUAGAAGUCAGAAGAAUUGAUGCAAGGAAUAAGAUACAGUCAGAAGUUUGA